UUUUUUUACUCAUAUUACAAAUUUAUACAUCGUGAAUCCCUCCUUUAAUUUUCUUAACAAUUCGUCAGAAUUCUAAAGGCUAACCAAGACCUGUAUAAAUUGUGAGUUCUUUGCGCUCUCUUAUUGGAAUAAAAAUAUAAUACUUAGAAACAGUUCAUCCACACUACAGAGUGCCGCAAACAAGUCCCACCGGUCACCGUCGAAUUUUGUCGACGAAGACCGACUCCUACUCCUCUCAACUGCCUCGGCCGUUUCAACAAUAUAUCAAACAUGAAAUAAUAUAUUGUUAUGAUGUCAUCGUUUUGAAUAUUCAAUAUUAUCUCUGUAGAGUUGUAUUCAUUAUAUACUCGUUCUUAUUCGUGUGGCGUAGACUAUCUGACGCCUAGUUAUUGUUGUCUCGACAUUUUAAAGUUUUCCUUUUUCUUGUCAUCGUUCGUCAACAAUGGCAGAUCGCCAAGGAGAUGAACUGCGAUUAUUGGAUGUCGACAAUAAUUCGUCAGCGUUGGUAACUGAAGCAGAGGUAGCGGACGGCACACUGGACAAACCUACCGUUCGGCAAACUGUUUGGCGAGUGACCAAAGGUCUAGUACCUGUGGUCACCAUUUACGCUCUUGGUUUUUGGCGCGUAGCAUCCGUCAGCGCCUGGGUGUUGGUGCCAUUCUUCUUCUGCCUGUCAGUCGUCCGUGACCUUUUAAGCAACGCUGGCCGAAUAAAGCGUCGGCGUGCUCAGCUAGCUGCUGCUGCCGAUGAGAAAGAUCUGAUCACUGCCAACGUUGCGGAGCUACCAUCCUGGGUGUUCUUCCCAGAUAUCCAUCGUGCCGAAUGGCUCAACCAGAUUAUCAAACAGAUGUGGCCAAUGAUCAGCGCGUAUGCUCAGAGCACCAUUAAAAAAACUGUAGAACCAAUGGUUGCCGAAAGCCUACGUGAAUACAAAAUCAACAAUUUUGCGUUUGACAAGUUACGACUGGGAUCAAUACCACCCAAAAUCGGAGGUGUCAAAGUCUAUGAUAAAGUAUCACGUGAUCAAAUAAUGUUGGACAUCGACGUUAUAUUUGCUAGUGAUAGUGACAUAUCAUUCUAUGUAAGCGGAAUCCCUUGCGGCAUCAAAGACUUUCAAAUUCGUGGUAUGAUGAGAGUAGUUAUGAAACCAUUACUCACUACUUCACCACUGGUAGGUGGAAUGCAGAUUUUUUUCCUAAAUCAACCUGACAUUGAUUAUGAUUUGAUGGGUGUUGCUGAUGUACUGGAUAUGCCUGGCCUCAAUGAUGUAUUGAAAAAAGUUAUUUCUCAACAAGUAGCCGCUACAAUGGUUUUACCUAAUAAACUGCCUAUAGUAUUGAGUAAUGAAAUAGCUGCACAUGUAGUAAAGUUACCUGAGCCAGAGGGUGUCCUACGUGUACAUAUCUUUCAAGCUAAAAAUUUGGUAGCAAAAGACAUGAGUUUGAUAAGAAAAGGCAAAUCGGAUCCUUAUGUCAUUGUUACAUUGGGUGCUCAACAAUACAGAACUCAUACAAUUAAUAAUGAAUUGAAUCCUAAAUGGGAUUAUUGGUGUGAGUUUGCGUCAUUCUCUCCUAGAGGACAGGUAUUGAAGCUUAAACUUUAUGAUGAAGAUGAAAUGGUGGGCAAAAAACAUUCAAAUCUAGGAAGAGCUUCAAUACAGAUUGGCAAUGUUGCUAAAACUGGAUAUUUUGAUAAGUGGAUAAACUUGGAAGACACCAAACAUGGUAUGAUACAUGUGCGUAUGCUUUGGCUGGACUUGACUUUGGAACAAAGUGCAUUAAAGAGGGCCCUCACUGAAACUCAAGAACUUCGAAUAACAAACCUAAGUUCAGCUGUAGUGAUGGUGUAUGUAGACUCGGCAAUCAAUUUACCAAAUGCUCGAUCCCAAAGCAAACCAGAUCCAUUGGUACGAGUAACAGUUGGUCAAACUACCCAAGCGACUGUAGGAAAGUUGCGCACUGAACGUCCUGUCUAUGAACAAGGGUUCACGUUUUUAGUGAACAACCCUGAAACAGACACCAUCGAAUUUAAGGUUAUAGAUCAAAAAACCAAUACUCAGUUGGGUUUGUAUGUGUACGAAUUGUCAUCACUAUUGCUUGCCCAAAAUAUGCGAGUGGAUACUCAACCUUAUGAUCUGAUAAUCGACAGUAAGAACCAACAGCAUGACAGCAAACUAUUGUUUUGUAUGCAACUCAAAUUUUUGAAAAAGUUGCCCGUAUUGGUUGAUGUCAAUGAUGACACUGCUUCAGUAACAAAACCACUAUCAAGACAGACAUCUGUACAGUCAACAAAAUCUGUCAACAGUGUCAUAACAUCUGCAGACGUGUCUGAGAUUCAGUCAUCAGCUGUUGGAGUUAACACACCCACAGAUGGUAUGAGUAGGACCUCAUCAAUUAAGAGAGAUUCAACCGUAUCUCGGAAUUCACAUGCUGGUGGAGGUGAUCAAGAACCACUCAUUGAGCAAGCCGAAACUACCGAACUGUUAAAUGAACCUGAAGAAGAACCCGCUCCUGGCACAGGAAUUUUAGGCAGCAUACAAAUCACAUUGACAUUCAGUGUGGCUAGACAACGUCUCAAUGUUACCAUUCAUAAAGUUGUUAACCUACCAAUCAAAGAACCUUCGGACAUCCCUGAUCCUUAUGUUAAGUUGUAUGUGCUACCCAAAAAAGAAAACAGUAACACCAAACGAAAAACUGAAACAUACAAGGACAACUGCAACCCUGUAUAUGAAGAAACAUUUGAGUACAUCAUGGGAGUGGCUGAAUUAAACAGCAAACAGCUGGAGGUGACUGUCCUGACCAAGAAGACUUGGCACAGUCCUGUCUUGGGUCAGAUAGUGUUGAACAUUUGUGACUAUGUCAACAUAAACACUCCCAGUUAUACUGGUUGGUUUGACUUAGAAGCUGAAAUCAAAGAAGGUACCGUCGGUUAAUUCUAAUUCAUAGUGCUUUAAACAUAUUACCUAUUGUUAAUUUUAUAAAUGGCGUACAUUAAACAUUUUACUACAUUAUGGUGCUUAAAUACUAUAAUUUACCUUAAGGCAGCGUAAUAUGUAUUUAUUUUUAAACUUUUAGUCACGUUAUAUAUUUUAUUUUUAUCUAUUUUGCAUUGUUAAAUUUAUUUUUACUAUUAUUUGUAUAUGUAUUGUAUGUACAAAAAAUUUUUUUCUUGUGUACUUUUCUAACUUAAUUUGAAAACAAUUCCGUCUUUAUAAAGUAUUAUUUGUUGAAAACCCAUUGAUUUAUACUUGUAUUAACAAUAUUGAACAAAUUCACUAGUGCCACGCUUUUUAAUUAAUUAUAUUUUUUAAUACUUACACAUUAAUUUGUAUCUUAAUAGAAUGUUUUAUAAUAUCACAUUAUUGUUAUUGAAAUGGAUUUAUCUAAUUCUCAAUUGU